CCAGAUCCCGAGGAAAUCUCCAGAUCAAAUGCCCAGUAAAUAAAAUACUGAGCUAAGACUUGUGGAAGAGCUGCAGAAUGGAUGGAUUUUAUGACCAGCAAGUGCCUUACAUGGUCACCAAUAAUCCGCGUGGGAGAAACUGUAAUGAGAGACCGACAAAUGUCAGGAAAAGAAAAUUCAUUAACAGAGACCUGGCUCAUGACUCAGAAGAACUCUUUCAAGAUCUGAGCCAAUUACAGGAGACAUGGCUUGCAGAAGCUCAGGUACCUGACAAUGACGAGCAGUUUGUGCCAGACUAUCAGGCUGAAAGUUUGGCUUUUCAUGGUCUCCCUGUGAAAAUCAAGAAGGAACCCCAUAGCCCAUGUUCAGAACUUGGCUCCGCUUGCAGUCAGGAGCAACCAUUCAAGUUCAGUUAUGGGGAAAAGUGCCUGUACAAUGUCAGUGCCUAUGAUCAGAAGCCACAAGUGGGAAUGAGGCCCUCCAACCCACCGACGCCAUCCAGCACUCCUGUGUCACCGCUGCACCAUGCCUCCCCAAACUCAGCUCAGACGCCUAAACCUGACCGGGUUUUCCCUACCCAUCUCCCUCCAUCCCAGUCCAUUCAAGACAACAGCUUCCCUAUGGACCACAGAUUUCGCCGCCAGCUCUCUGAACCUUGCAAUUCUUUCCCACCUUUGCCUGCAAUGCCAAGGGAAGGACGUCCAAUAUAUCAGCGCCAGAUGUCUGAGCCAAACAUCCCUUUCCCGCCUCAAGGUUUUAAGCAGGAGUACCACGAUCCAGUUUAUGAACACAACGCUAUGGUUGGCAGUGCAGCCAGUCAAAAUUUCCCCCCUCCUCUGAUGAUUAAACAGGAACCUAGAGAUUUUGCAUAUGAUUCAGAAGUGCCUAGCUGCCAUUCCAUUUACAUGAGGCAAGAAGGCUUCCUGGCUCACCCAAACAGAACAGAAGGCUGUAUGUAUGAAAAGGGACCUAGGCAGUUCUAUGAUGACACUUGUGUUGUUCCAGAGAAGUUUGAUGGUGACGUCAAACAGGAGCCAGGCAUGUACCGUGAGGGACCCACGUAUCAACGGCGAGGGUCACUUCAGCUCUGGCAGUUCUUGGUAGCUCUUCUUGAUGACCCAUCAAACUCUCACUUCAUAGCGUGGACUGGCCGAGGCAUGGAAUUCAAGCUGAUUGAGCCAGAGGAGGUGGCACGUCGCUGGGGGAUUCAGAAAAAUAGGCCAGCUAUGAACUAUGAUAAACUUAGCCGAUCACUUCGCUAUUAUUAUGAAAAGGGAAUCAUGCAAAAGGUGGCUGGAGAAAGAUACGUCUACAAGUUUGUUUGCGACCCUGAAGCGCUUUUCUCCAUGGCUUUUCCAGACAACCAGCGCCCCUUACUGAAGACUGACAUGGAGCGCCACAUCAAUGAGGAGGACACUGUGCCUCUGUCCCACUUUGAUGAGAGCAUGGUCUACAUGCAGGACGGUGGCUGCUGCAACACCCACCCCUAUAAUGAAGGCUAUGUCUAUUAACAACAGUGACAGUGAAGGGGAUGUUUUCCCCCUCCCUUAGGCUUCUCCUCUUUCACAAGACCCAGAGGAAAGCUGA